UCUUCAGAAACCAACAAACACUGAUAACCACGUCUAUGUUGGAAUCUUGGUGUCUAUGGAAUCAUUGGAAUGACCUUUGUUUGAAAACAUUGACCGGAAACCGGAAACCCAUCUGAAUAUGAACGUACCCUACAGGAAGACUUGUCGGGUGGCGGGAACAGUGCAACACCACCACGUUUGGCGGUUGGUAUUUGGAGACGUCGCCGUUGAAAUUUGUCCAAGUUAUUUAAAUCUCCUCCACAGCUUUACGAUGGCGCCACCCAAGUUUGUUGCACCGUUGAAGAAAACAAGCGGCGAAAGCUCUCUCUCAUCUUCUUUCUCUUCAAGUGGCAGCCAAGGAAAUGGGAAUAAAGUUGCUAAAGCUGCAGAGGUGCAGGCUCAGAUGGUUCAGUCAAAACCAAACAAGGCUGCUAUCGUGUCUGGUGUUAAGGCUCCCAGAGAGUCCCCCAAGGAGCCCCCCAAGGAGUCUCCCAAGGAGUCUCCCAAGGAGUCUCCCAAAACCGAUUCAAUAGAUUCCUUAAAAGAAGCGGGUGCAUCUGACCAAGAAAUUUCUACUUUGAAGAGCUCAGAUGAACCUCCCCAGAAGAGAAGGAAAAUUGAUUCUGCUCCCAGUUCAUCAAAGGCCACGGAGUAUAGUGCAGACAAUCUUGCAGAUGAUAACAAAGAGAAUAUCAGGCCUAAGGUUAAGAAGUCAGAGAAAGCGCAAGCAAAGCCCUGUGUAUCGCUGACAGAUGAAGAUUAUGAACGCAUAUUUAUUGCUGUCUUGGGAAGGCAAAACAGUGACACCCUGUUGGACAGCACACCUGCAAAAACUAAUGCCUUGGAUCAUUCGAGGGAUAUGUUUGAAUUCUCUCAAAGUGAUUUAGAUGAUUCUGAGGGAGAACAAUCUGAAUCAACUAAGAAAGAGGUUCCAGUGAAAGGAAAGGAUGAUAAUCCUGUAGCUAAUCCAUCAGGUGGAAAUUUUGAAACUGACAACACACCAUCUUGCACUUCAGUUCUUGAAUCAGUGACAGAAGGUACCAAAGAAAUGAAGACAAAUUCUAAAACAUCUAGCUCACAAGAGGAUCUCACCAAUGUCAUUAAUAUUGACACUAAAAGUCAGACUGAAGAUUCUCAAGGAUCAAGUGUUACUGAUUUUGAGAAUUUAAUCACCAGUACACCAGUUGAGAAGAGCACUCUUAAAUCAAAUUCAGAUGCCUGUGUUACUCCUCAAAAGAUAAACUAUCCUCAGAAAGUCCUUGGACUGUCUCAAGAACAGAACAGGUCACCUGCUUCCUGUGUGAUCAAAGCAACAUCUACAUCUCAGCUGUCACAAGAACACAACAAGUCACCUGCUUCUUGUGUGAUCAAAGCAACACCUCCAUCUCAGCUGUCUCAAGAACAGAACAGGUCACCUGCUUCUUGUGUGAUCAAAGCAACUUCUGCAUCUCAGCUCCUGGAGCCAACUGCCAGCCCCCUUCAGGUAUCAUUAAGUAUACCAGCAACGCAGUCCUUAAUCCCAGCCCCUAGUCCAUCAUGUUCCUCAAAGCAGCCCAUUCUUUCCCAAACUCCUCAUUCUUCUCAGGGCCUCAUUACCCCGACUUGCACUCCCACACGAAAGUUAGCUAUCAUAUCCCAGAAUGCGGACCUAUUGAUGAAAACUCCUUCAGCUUCUGCUCCAAAUACUCCAAGCAGUAGCCAACAAAUUAGUCAAGAAAUAUGUGUAACACCACCCCCUGCUAACAAAACAGCGAAAGAGAGGUUGCUUUGGCUUCAAAAGAAGCGCCUUGCAGGUCUGUGGGUUCAGUGUGAUGAAAGGGAAUGCCAGAAAUGGCGAUAUUUACCAGAUUGCCAUGAUCCCACAACACUCCCUGACAAAUGGUUUUGCCGCAUGCACCCAGAUGAGGAAUUUAACAAAUGUGAUGCACCAGAGAAACGCUUGUCGUUGCAUGCAGAGGAGGAUAUGAUUUUUAAUAAAUACUCACCAGGGUCUCUUGUGCGUGCAAAACUAUCAGGAUAUCCGUGGUGGCCAGCUAUGGUUGAAGAUGAUCCAGACUUGGAACAGUUUUUUUGGCUGAAUGAAUUCUCAGACAUUCCGACUUGGUAUCACGUUGUGUUUUUUGAUGAUGAGAAUAAAACACGUUGCAGAGCCUGGGUGCAGGUGGAAAGACUCAAAGAGUAUCAAGAGGAACCUUUAGAUAAUGAAAGUCCUGAACUUAUUGGCUACCAAAGAAGGGUGAAAUUGGCUGACAAGCAAGCACGCCAAGCGAAAUCACUAAGUUGUGAAGAGCGACUGGCUCGGUUUAGCUUUGCCUCUUGCUAUAAAGGGCCAAUUGGAGGAUUUAUGAAACGAAAGUACACUGGUCCUCUAGGAUUCAGAGAACCCAUUACUGAUUGAUUCUUUGUUGAAGAAAACGAAGGAUUUUAAAUAUUGUUUUCUUGUGUCUCAGUUGUAGAGAAAAACUAAGAGUUUGUUUCAUUUUCCUUUUGCUCAAGUAAAUAGACUGGUAAUCAUUUCUUUUUGAACAUGGGAAUAUUUUAUUCUACUUGAAAGAAAAGUGGAUC